GCAUGAAAUGUGACAAAAGAAAAUUUGAACCAAUUUGCAAGAAAGAUAUUAGUAAUUAAUAGUGUUAGUGGAUCCCAACAAACAUUUUCUUUUUUAUGGAUCCAACAAAGAUAGAAGUCCCAGUCAAUAAAACAUAUAUUCACCCCCACACCCAACAAAAAAGAAAAAAGAAAAAGAAAAAAAGAGAUGUUAGAUUUUAUAGAGUAGAAUAAGAUAAUGAACAACCAACACCAACCCUGCAUGGUCAAUAUACAGUUUACCUGCACAAACUGCAAUUAAUCAUCCCCAAAUUUUGUUCAUCUCACAAGAAACACUCUCAAGUCAAGCCAAUGCUAGACCUCCACACCCUACUCUCUCAAUAACACAAAUAUAUCCAAGCUUAAGGUUGGUGCAUGUUAGCUCAUCCCCUUUCCUUCUCCCACAUAACCUAUUUUCCUUUCUCCCAUUUUCUUUUCUCUUCACUCCAUGGAAUUGCCGAUUUCAGGCCACCGCCGCACAUCUUACACCAUACAAGCCAACAACUUGUCCUGCGCUCACCAUCAACGCUUCAUCAUCCAGAAUGUCAGCCUCGAGGCCAGGCCGGGCGAGAUCACCGCCGUCGCCGGACCUAGCGGAGCGGGCAAGACCACUCUCUUGGAGAUUCUCGCCGGAGCUAUCCCGUCGGGAAAAGUCUCCGGCGAGGUUCUCGUCAACGGAAACCCCAUGGAUUCGGAGAGGUUCGGGCGGUUAUCAGGAUACGUGACCCAAGACGACGCCUUGUUCCCGCUCCUCACGGUGGAGGAAACGCUCACCUACAGCGCGCUGCUGCGUCUGCCGGCCGGCAAGCGCGAGGCGCGGCAGAGGGUGAAGCUGCUGAUGAAGGAUCUCGGACUCGAUCACAUCUCCGCGUCCAGGGUGGGCCAGGGCUCCAUCUCCGGUGGCGAGCGGCGGCGCCUCUCCAUCGGCGUCGAGCUGAUCCACGAUCCCACGGUGCUGCUCAUCGACGAGCCGACUUCCGGGUUGGAUUCCGCUUCGGCGCUUCACAUUGUCUCCCUGCUGAGAUCCAUGGCGGUUACCCAAUGCAAGACCAUCAUCCUCACCAUCCACCAGCCGGGCUUCCGAAUCCUCGAGCUCAUAGAUCGGCUCCUCCUCCUCUCCGGCGGCCGCAUCCUCCACAACGGCUCGCUGCAGUCGCUCGAGGAGCGCCUAAGCUUCUCCGGCCACCGCAUCCCUUCUCACAUCAACGUGCUCGAGUUCGCCAUCGAGGUCACCAACAACAUCGAUCUGCAGGAGAUCGGCGAUCGCGAUCACAGCAUCAGCACCGACACCAGGAAGAAGACGAAGAAGAAGAAGAAGAAAAGUAGACGAGGGUCGUCCUCAUACGCGAACUCGCGAUUGGAGGAGGUGGUUAUUCUAGGAGAGAGGUUCAGCAAGAACAUAUUCCGCACGAGAGAGCUGUUCGCGACGAGAGUGGCGCAGGCCGUGGUGGUGGGGUCCAUACUGGGCACGGUGUAUAUGAAGGUGAGGGACGAGGACGGGGGCAAGGCGGCGCUGCAGACGCGCCUGGGCUUCUUCGCCUUCACCCUGAGCUUCCUACUGUCGUCGACCACGGAGGGGCUGCCGAUAUUCCUGCAGGAGAGGCGGAUAUUCAUGCGGGAGACGGUGCGCGGCGCCUACAGGGUAUCCUCGUACGUGGCGGCGAACACGCUUGUGUUCGUGCCGUUUCUGAUGGCGGUGGCCGUCCUGUACAGCGGGCCGGCCUACUGGCUGGUGGGGCUGCGCAGCGACGCGGGCGGGUUCCUCUACUUCGCCCUGGUGGUGUGGCUGGUGGUGCUCAUGUCCAACUCCUUCACGGCGUGCUGCAGCGCCCUCGUGCCGGACUUCAUCAUGGGGACGUCGCUCAUCGCGGGGCUGAUGGGCUCGUUCUUCCUCUUCUCCGGCUACUUCAUCGCGCAGGAGAGCAUACCGGAUUACUGGAUCUUCAUGCAUUACUUGAGCAUGUUCAAGUAUCCGUUUGAAUGCUUGGUCAUAAAUGAAUAUGGAGGGAGGGAGUGUGUGGAGAGAGUGGGGGGUACCGGUCAGUGUGUGUUGUCGGGAGAUGAGUAUUUGAGGCAGCAAGGGUUGAAGCAGUCGCAUAGGUGGAGUAAUUUGGGGGUCAUGUUGGGGUUUGUGUUGGGAUACAGACUUCUCUGUUUCUUUAUUUUGUGGUGCAGAAGUUUUAAGACCACGAAAUGCUAGCUUAACACUCAAUUUAAUUUCUUCAUUUUUUUUAGUAUAUACACUGCCGAAUCUCUGUAAGAAUUGUUCGUCUUAUUAUAAACUGAAAUUUGUUUCCUUGGA